AUGCCUCUCAAACAACUACGGAGGUGUUCCCACCAAUCUAUUUGUCAAAACAGUUCAUCUCACGCCACUGCAGCCGGCUAUAAGCAACCAACCCAGCAGCAACGCAUCGCAGCCACCAAACCAACUGCAGCCCCAAGCACCCGAAGAAUCAAGUCAUCAGCUCUAAAGCAUGAUUCAAAACAGUUUCCAGCACCGUUGGUUCUCCCAGACGAUGACCUCGCAUUGGAUCCUGACUACCCAGCCCAAUCAUUCCAAAAAUGGCUGGACGAAGAAGACCGUAACGAGAUCACACCUACCAAAAGGACAGUCUACGUGGUAGCCCCGCCCGGGAUUGAUGAUGAAUGCACUUUUGUGCAGUCGUGGACAGAACCCCAGAAAGGAGAUGACAAGCACCGGAUCACGACGCCUCGAACGCAAGAUAUAGUGGACUACUUGGCGGCGUUCUACCAUGGCCUGCCCGUGAAGCUGCUCCCAGUUCCUGACUUUCGCUUUGUUCCUUGGGAUGAGGGAAAGAAGUCAUCUAAGACUGCACCGCGCUAUGUCGGCUUAGCUAUCUCAGAAGAAUGUGUCCGUAUCGGCACUCGUGCAUGCCCGGACAAGAUCUACCCCCGUCAGUUGAAUCUCGACGAUCUGCUAGAUGUCGCGAUGGGUAUACUUCCAGACGACGCAUAUGCACUGUGCAUGCUCGUAAACCAUGACCUUUUCGAAGAUGCCGACGACACAUUUGUUUGUGGUCGUGCGUACGGAGGGAGUCGCGUAGCAGUCGUUUCUAGUGCCAGAUACUGCCCGAAUAUCGAUAUAAUUCAGUCCGUCGAGCGGCAACAUGCCUGGCCUGCAUCUCAUUGCAAAGCUUAUAUGCAAGAAUGCUGUACCUCUGGAUGGGUGGGUUUGAAGAAGCAAAGGACAUCGAAGGAUGACCCAUCAUCCACGCAAAAUCCACCACUGGAAGCUGCCUUGGCAUCUUAUUCCAAGCUCCCAGACAUAGACUCCUUCCCAGCCUUGCUCUCAGCGCUCUGGCUCGCCCGAAUGUGUCGAACAGCAAGUCAUGAGCUAGGGCAUUGUUUUGGUAUCGAUCACUGCGUAUACUACGCGUGCAUCAUGCAGGGAAGCGCAUCACUGUCCGAGGAUGCAAGGCAACCUCCCUAUCUAUGUCCAAUCGAUCUCUCCAAGAUACUCCAUGCGACUGGAACAACCUCCAGCGACAGAUACCGUUCUCUUCUGGAGUACUGCCAGAGACCAGAGAACAGUGACACCCAUGUUUUCUCUUCCUUUGCAUCAUGGCUGAGUGUGGUUCUCGAAGAAGCUAGACUCUAA